AUGUACAGGUUUCCGGGAGUUGCCCUCAUUACUGGUGCUGGAGGAACUGGCAUUGGUUCCGCUGUUGCCAAAGGCUUCGCGCGAUCCGGAUGUUCGAAAAUUGCUAUUACCGACCUGAACAAAAAGUCACUAUCAGACACACGGGAAGCAAUUCUUCAAAUCGAUCCCGAAGCCCAGGUGAUAAGUCAAGAAGGGGAUAUCUCAGACGAAGCCUUUGUCAAUACUUUUGUGGGAAAAGCUAGCAAAAGAUUCGGUCGUAUCGAUUACUCCAUUAGUUGCGCCGGGAUUCUAGGGGAAUCGUUGCGGUCACACGAAACAUCAACGGCUGCUUUCGACCUCGUCACAAACGUCAACUAUAAGGGUAGCUGGUUGGUGUCUCGUGCUGUUUUACGCCAAAUGUUAAGCCAGAAGCCGCAUGAGGAGCAUCCGAGCCAGCGAGGAGCUAUUGUCAACAUUGCUAGUCAACUCGGUGUCGUUGCGCGGCCAGCGGCUGGCGUAAUUGCCACGCCGAUGACAACCGCAUCCGAAGAGUUGAUUCAUAGACUGAGACCCGCGAUCGAUAUUGCACCCAUGAGGCGGAUGGGAACGCCCGAAGAAGUGGCAAACGCAGUGUUGUUUCUAUGUUCCAGCCAAUCCUCGUUUAUUCAAGGGCAUGCAUUGGUGGUUGACGGCGGAUACACUAUCAAUUAG